GCUCCCCUUUCCUUCUUUCUCCUCCCAUCAGGCGGCCGCUCAGCAUCUGUGGUGUGUGCGGAUCAGAGUUAGAGUAGCCUAGAGCCCAGUGCGAGAAACAGCAGCAGAGCGCCGCUGUCAACCAUCGGCUCCGGUAUAACCGGACCACUGACUGGAAAAGUUGACUUGAUUUCUGUCUCCAGCAUUCCGUCUGUAGCAGGUUCAGACUCAGCCCUCAGCGGGGACAUGCCGGAACCCGAAGGGACUCGUCGGUCACCACAAGGUGUCCCUUACACCGAACUGCCGCACAUCGUCAACGCCGACGAGCUGCAUUUGUUCUGCCGUUACUGGGAGCCCGACAGUCCGCCGAAGGCGCUGGUGUUUAUUGUCCAUGGAGCAGGAGAGCAUUGUGGGGGAUAUGCUGACAUUGCUCACAGUCUGACCCAGCAUGGCUUUCUGGCGUUCGCCCACGACCACGUUGGUCAUGGGCAAAGUGAAGGUGAGAGAAUGGAUAUCAAAAACUUCCAGAUUUAUAUCAGAGACUCACUUCAGCACAUUGACAUCAUGAAGGGCCGGUACCCCAAGCUGCCUGUCUUCAUCAUUGGACACUCAAUGGGAGGGGCCAUUUCCAUUCUGACCGCAUGUGAGAGGCCGCAGGAUUUUGCAGGUGUGGUUCUCAUUGCUCCCAUGAUUCAAAUGAACGCUGAAUCUGCUACACCCUUUAAGGUUUUCGUAGCAAAAAUUCUAAGCCGCUUGACUCCAAAACUCUCUCUCGGCUCGAUCGAGUCAAGAUGGGUCUCACGGGAUCCCAAACAGGUGGAGGCAUAUGACACAGAUGAGUUAAAUUAUCACGGAGGGUUGCGCGUCUCAUUCGGAAUGCAGCUGAUGGAUGCGGCUUCUCGCAUUGAGAGAGAAUUACCCAACAUCACGUGGCCCUUCUUUAUUCUCCAUGGCGACGCCGACAAGCUUUGUGACAUCAGAGGCUCUCAUCUGAUGUAUAACGAGGUCAAGAGCACUGAUAAAAAACUCAAGGUAUAUGAAGAAGCCUACCAUGCCCUGCAUCAUGACUUACCCGACACAGUUGAGUCUGUCUUAAAGGAGGUGAGCACCUGGAUCCUGGAGAGACUCCCCACCCCCCAUGGGUCUUAGCUGUCAGUCACCGCAUGCACACUUGGCUAAGCCCCGCCCUCUAUCAAAUCUUUCAUCUCUACUGACUAAGGGAUGUUUGAUUGCACUACAUGCCAACUAAACUACCCUCAUUAAAAUUACCUUGGUAAUGCAAGAGGCCUUUGACCUUAAGUUCCAAUUACGCUUUAGUAUGGCCAGUAAGGGCUCUUCGGGAGUUUAUGUUCUGUCAAACUUCAAAGGUAUCAUCACAACAGGGCAUGGUGCCUCUGCAAUAUAGAACACAGCUACAAUUUGCUCUUUGUGAUGUCCACUGCUCAUUAGAGAUGCAGUGCUGCCCCCGCUGGACAACAGCAGUACUGCAUCCUGCUUUGAGCACAGUUACCAAGGCAACUCAACCAUUGCCUAUGGCUUGGCAGAAAAACAAACUGAACCUACAGAAUGAGAAUAUGGUAAUGCUUUGAGACAUUGAGAGAGCAAAAUGUUUGCUGGACAAUUUUAAAAUUGCUCUCGAAGAGAUCAAUUUUUAGAUAAUCUCUAACAGACACAUCUAUGCAGGAGAUCACAGAUUCCCACAUGUACACUAUAAAUAGCCACAAUAAGCAGAAUUAAAAACGUUUUUCAGCUUUUAUGAGUUUCUUUUGGUGGUUUGACUGUUUCAAACACCCCAGACUGUUCCAUUCCUUUGAGUAAAGGGAGAACUGGCUGUUCUGCAGCUGUAUUUACUGAAUAUGAAACCUAUUUGCAGCUGAUUCUUCCUUGUAGGCUCUGGAAUUGUAAUAUCUCAUUCCUUUUAUUAUGAAAGUGUUACGUUACUAAAUUAAUAUGUUACCGUUGAUAAUUAUAGUAUGUUCACAAUAGCUUUUGACCUCAUUUUACGCCUCAGGAUUCUCAUGGGGUUCGUAGCUCUAAACAUGAAAUUGUAAAAGGUCAGUCGUUCACACCAGCUUAACGUUUAACACGACUGUUUUGAUUCUUACAAAGGGGAGUUUUGUGACAGAGAUUUUCCUGUUAUCUUUCCUGUUAAGGCAUUUUAUCAAUGAAUAUGGAUCAAUGAAGGUUUUUUUUAUCACUGAAUGUGGCACAUUUUUAAUGGAAGCUACACGCAAAAACUUUCUCUUGCUGAAUUUUAUAUAUUGUCAUUUAGCGCUCUGACUAAGAUCAGAAGGAAAAUGACCGCUAUCCGUGACAUGGACAGAACUGAAAUGCCCAGCACAAGACUGUAAAUAGUGUGCAUGUUUGUGUGGGUUUUGGAGGGAGACUAUGUAGAGAUAGGCUAUAUGGAUGUCUGUUUCACACGUAAAGUAUAUUGUCUCUCCAUCAUUUGAAAUGGAUCUCAUCACAUGUACGUGAUAUGUAAUACAUCUAAUGAGAGUUUGUAGAAGAACUAAAUCUUUAUCACUGAUAAUCCUUUGUGACUUUGACUGUUUCCUAAGGUGAAAGAGCUAGGAGCACGGCUAAUAUUCUCAAGGACAUUAUCUUUACAUUGGGCAAUAAAUAUAACACAUUAUUCAUUUGGAUUUGAAGAACUGUCCAUUUGAGUCGCUUGCCUUUACUAUGACAUCUAAAAUUCUCUCCUACAUUUGCACUGUCCUAGUAAAUGGCACAUUUAAUAUAGAUUUUUUUUUCUGAAUGCUUGCAUAAAUGCUGUAAUAUAUUAAAAACUGAAAUCAAAUAUAUAAUGUGAUUUAAAUAGUAAUGAAUAUGGUCUCUGAAUUGUAAAUUCUAUAAAAUAAUAAAUUAGAAAUGCUAAAUGA